AUGUAUUGCUGUAAUGUUGAGCAGACAGAGAAGAUUAAAUUGCUGCAGAAUUCUGGAUUUUGUGAAGGUACUCUCCCUUUCAAGUAUCUUGGGGUGAAUGUUGGUACUAAGAAGCUAUCUAGGGAUGAUUGCCAAUGUUUAAUUGAUAAAAUUACUGCUAGAAUCAGAUGUUGGGGUUGCAGAUCUCUUUCUUAUGCUGGCAGAACCCAGCUUGUGAACUCAGUGCUUAUGUCUCUUCACAUUUAUUGGGCUUCUAUUUUUGUCAUUCCUAAAGCUGUUCUUGAUGGUGUUGCUGCUAUAUGUAGAAAUUAUCUGUGGGAAGGGAAGGUUGUAUGUAAAAAGAAAGGUGGCCUUGGAGUUCAGAAUAGUUAUAACUGGAAUAUAGCUGCUAUUGGGAAGCAGAUUUGGAAUAUUUCUCAGAAAAAAGAUAGUCUUUGGCUUAGAUGGGUCAAUGAAAUGUACUGGAAGGGCAGAACUUGGAAGAGGUUUCAGUGUGCUCACAACACUAGCUGGAACUGGAAGCAUCUGUGGUGGGUUAAGGAUAAAUUGAAGACAGGAUAUGUUGGUAAUAGUUGGUCUGGAAACCCAAAUGGGUACACUAUUGCUAGUGGCUAUAAUUGGUUAGAAAUUCAAUAUUCUAAUGUUAAGUGGGGUGAUUGGGUUUGGAACAAACUGAAUAUUCCUAGGCAUAAAUUUGUGUGCUGGUUGAUAAUGUGGAGAAGGAUUCGAGUGAGAGUUCAUCUCUAUAAAAUUGGAGUGAUCAAUAAUCCUUCCUGUCCUCUUUGUGAUGAUGGGGAAGAGACAGUGGACCAUUUAUUCUUUGAAUGCGAUUAUAGCAGGAAAUGUUCUUAUUUUCUGCAAAAGAAGCUGAUGAUAAUCAUGGAUCCUAUGAAUAUAGAAGACUGCAAUAACAAGAUAAGAUCUAUUAAAGGCAGAUUCCAGAGACAGGUGCUUUUCAGUUGUUAUGCUGGGUUGCUGUAUGUCAUUUGGAUUCAGAUAAACAAAGUUGUCUGGAAUAAAUGUGUUAUGCAGCCUGAGAAGGUGAUCCAAAAGUUGUGGAGUGAUCUUUUCCAUAGAAUUUCUUAUGUCAUGCCAGUCAAGACUAGCAAAAGAAAUCAGAUGUGGUUCAAGGAUCUGUUUAGCAGAUAA